AUGUGACAGCUGAGGCAGUAGGUGUAGCUAUUGCUGCACCCCCAUCAGAAGGGGAGGCAAAUGCAGAGCUGUGUCGCUACCUCUCUAAGGUGCUAGAAGUGAAGAAGAGUGAAGUUAUUUUAGAGAAGGGUGGUAAAUCACGUGAAAAAGUGGUGAAGAUUCUGGUAUCGAUGACACCAGAUGAGAUUUUAGAAAAACUGAAAAAAGAAGCUUCCAGUUGA